GUGCCAUUGACUGGUUGUCGCUCCAUCAUGGGCACCUUCAUCACCAAGGCCGUUACCAGGCUGGCCGCCUUUGCCUAUGGUCUCUUCACGUUGUUCCUCUAUGGAUACUUGGCCACCAGAAGAGGCACAUUUUUCAAGAAACGCACUGAAAGACAGAAUCUUGAGUUGCAGCUUGCUCGCGAUCGUCUGUGGAACCUCUCCAAAGACUACGCCGGUCUUUCCCACUACUUUAUAACACUCCAAAGCGGAUUCAAGUUCCAUUUUAUGAGCAAUGCAGCUCCUGGCUCCCCAUCUGCAUUAGUGUCCGAUAGACCGCUGGUUAUAUUUAUCCAUGGAUUCCCCGACAGUUGGGCCAUUUGGCGUCAUAUCGCCAGUUCACCAUCUCUACAAAGCUCCGCUAAUCUCGUUGCCAUUGAUCUGCCCGGAUACGGUGGUAGCGAAAGUCUGGAGAAAUACACGGCUACCGCCGUGUUGGAGAAAUUGACAGAGCUCAUUAUCACCCUCCGCGCACAAUAUGGCGUUGAUGAGGGGACCCAGACGAAUAAGAAGCGGGUCAUCAUUGUUGCUCAUGACUGGGGUUGUGUGCUGUCGAUGCGACUUGCUGCUGAGGCACCGUCGCUGGCACACCGGUUCAUUCUGUCUAAUGGGCCGUUGAUGAGCUUGGCCGGGUCUAAUGUCCGCCGCAUGCUAACAUCGGCAUCUAAAAUGUUCAAUACUGCCUUGGCUGCUCCACUAUCAUCUCGUGCCCCAUUGCUCCAGGCCCUGCGAACACUGGGUCCUUUGUUCCGCCAACUCAAGAUGUCGGGCUACGUCUUUGCCAUGCAAUUACCUCCUACGCUGGUAACUUACUUCCUCACGGGAGGCAACUACUCCCUCAUGGCAGGCAUUCACAAGGGAUCACACGGACGAGGCGAGUUCACCCCCAGUGACGAAGGCACCUCCAUGGCCAGCAGCAUGGGCCCAUCCCUCGCCGAGUCCAAAACCCAAACCGCCAACGGCGACUCCUACCCAGCCACCAUCAAAUAUACCCACGAUUUCGCCAACAUCCUAAACAUGGCCGGGUACUACCGCGACGGCGCAUCCAUAUCUCGCUGGCGCAAAUCCCCCCAGACAGUCGCCAACCUGCACAGCAUCUCUGGCGGCCCCGAGCUCCGACGUGCGAACAGCGGAGCGGGCUUACUGGACGAAGGAACCCCCGGUGCUCUGCAGGCGAGCUCGACCGUGUUCUGGGGCAAGCAGGAUAUUGCGCUGAAUCCGCAGAUAUGCCUGGAUGGAAUGGCGGAUUAUCUUGUCGCGGAUAGUCAGGUCGUUAUGCUUACUGAGUCGGGCCAUUUCACGCCGAUCGAGCAGGAGAGUCGGGUUGCGUUGGUGAAGGCUGUUGAGUGGGCUGUGAAUGGGGAGAAGGGCGAUAUCGGCUCCGUUGUCCAGGAAUGUUAUCCUAGCGCUAAGGUCAUUGCGCGGCGAUGA